ACUCCUGUUGUACAUAGUUUACUUAAAGAUGAAACUGAAGGGGUCGACUUUUAAGAAGAUGUUGAAGCGUCCCGACACUACUCAUACAAAUAACGAGCAUGAUGAAAAUCUACCGCUUGUUCAUAUCAUGCGAAAUGAUCACAAGGUGACACAUGGAGUUCAGAGGAGCAAUGAGAGCAGCGAGACAAUGCAACAGAUCCAAGAGAACAAAGAGAAUCUCAAGUCCUGGAUCGGAGCGGAUCCAUCGGCCUUCCUGGCGCAUCUCAACGGCUUCAAAUUGAUUCCACGACGAGUUCACCAAGCGGCCAUCAUCAAGGGCGGAGAGGAGAGUGUGGAGCUCGUUCUGGACCACUUCAUCAGCCAGGGAGAGGCGCGCUGUGAGGCGCUGUGGGACGCCCUCUACUCUGUGAGGAAGCAAUACGUGCAGCUGUGGAAGUGGAUUCAGACACACGGCGAGGCGUUGAGGGCCAUUCGAGAUAAGGAGUCGGAUCUGAAGCUCUGGAUCGCCAGAGAGCCCAAGCAUCUUCUGCUGCAGCUGAUGAGCCGGGGACAAAUCCUGAACGAGCUCUUCACUGAAGCCAAGGGCAUCCGGGAUGGUGCGGAGUGCACGGAGCUGCUGCUCAACUUCUUCAUAGAGAGAGGGAAUGACGACUGCCUCAAGCUGCUGUUUGCUCUGCAGGCCGUGCAGGAUCAUUAUCCUGGAGUCAAGGAGUGGCUGGGAGGCCUUGACUUCCUCCGGAGACUCUCCAACAAGUCCCCCCUGGUUCUGAACAAGUACAGCGACUUUGUCCUCCGAGACAAAAUCCGCUUCAAGACGAGGGAGCUCCUCGUGGCGCUGCGCGACGACCUGACGCCUCUGCUCUCCCAUCUGCAGAUCAGGAACAUCCUCACCGACAACAGCGUGCGGGCCGUGAAGGAGAUGCAAGCUCGGCAAGGCAGCGAGAAGGCGACACAGCACAUGGUGGAGCUGGUGAUGGCGAGGGGACCACCCAGGGUCAAGCAGUUCUGGGAGGCGCUGUGGGACCUCAGGGAAAGUUACCCAGACCUGGAGAACGUCUUUGAGAAGUUCUAAUGGAUGGAACCGGAGAGAGAGGGAAGACCUAAUGGAGAAUGGCUUGACGAUGACCUCAUAACGAGAUUGGUGCCAGAAAGAUGUGGCCACUACUUUAGCAUAUUGGCACGACAAGAUUGGGAGAGGAAAGUGGAACCAAACCACCACCUACGACUAUGGGGAUAUCUGCCAUAUGGAUCGUGAUGAUGAUGAAUGGUGCGUGGGGGGUAGUUGUGGUCCAG